UGUGACGGUAGGAUAAGCUACAGAAUUGUCGGCCAACAUGCAAUAAAAACGACCCGUUCGCCUGUCCCCCGCAGUUCAAUGCGGGAGCUAGUUGCGCUCGCCUGAAAACCUCCAUUAUUCCCUGUCGGCGCCAGUAUUGCGCCUGCGGCGCGGAACUCGCUUCGCUCUCUCGAUGACUGGCCUAUGGCUCGCCAGCCUCGCUUCAUUCGCGAAGGCGUUCGCUCUGGUCGUCUUCGCCCCGCUCGCAAGUCCAUCGCAAAUCAACCUCAAGCAUCCCUGCACCUCGUUCCUCUCGCCCCACGCUACUGUACUGCCCAUAGUGUCGCCGCGGUGGGAAACCCACCUCUUCACCCAAAAACGCAUAGUUCCUCGCCAACUGUUCCCUAAUCAACCCUUCGUCGAGCGUUCUCUCCACAGGGAGUCUCGGCCUCUUAUCCUUCGGUCGCGGCCUCGUAACCGUAUCGUCGCUGUUGUCGGACUGAGCGAUAGCCUCCGCCAGCUCGUCCUUUAUGCGCUGAAUGCGAGCCUGCUUGUUGAAGCGCUGGGCGAGGAGGAUGGAGGAGACAGUCAGUGCCGAGGCUGCGAGGGCGACUGCUGCGAGCGAGUAGGGGGUUGAGUCGACGGUUGGAACCUUCAUUGUGUGUUGCCCGGCUGUGGCCGUGAGGUUGCAGUGGAGUGUUCAGCCCUUUCAGCCAGUGGUCCAAGGCUUUCAACUCUCGCCGCGCACGCUUUCUCCUCCUCUUUCC